AUGGCCGCCCGUUCCCGGUCCUCCAUUGGACUGAGCCGCUGUCAGUCGGCCUCCCUACCGCUGCACUUCGUCCGCCUCUCCGGCUCUCCGUCUCCGUCAUAUUGGCUGCGAGAGGCAGCAGCGAGCACGGCUGUGAAGAAGACCCCCACCAUGGUGAAGAACGGGCUCUCGCUGCGCUUUAAGAGUACUUUAGUCUAUUAA